UUCUCCAUCACGUUUACACCUGAUUCUGUGCGUAAGAGGAUAGACCUCUUUCAGGCCCCGUGUUCCGCGUUUUUUUUUUUAAUUAUUUAUUUCCGUGUAAACUGCAGUCUUGAUAUAAAAACAUUGAUGGUCGAUAAUUUAGCCCUGCGUUGAGGGCCCCGGGGAGAACAGCAAACGGAUUACACCGUCACGUCAGAGCUCCGUAUUUAUCCAGGAGACAUGGCUCGUCCACGGCCGCGGGAGUACAAGGCAGGAGAUUUGGUUUUCGCUAAGAUGAAGGGAUACCCGCACUGGCCGGCGAGGAUUGAUGAGCUUCCAGAAGGAGCUGUCAAACCGCCUGCCAACAAGUACCCCAUCUUCUUCUUUGGCACCCAUGAAACUGCUUUCCUGGGCCCUAAGGAUCUUCUGCCCUACAAAGAGUAUAAAGACAAAUUUGGCAAAUCUAACAAGAGAAAAGGCUUUAAUGAGGGCCUGUGGGAGAUCGAGAACAACCCUGGAGUCAAGUUCACAGGCUAUCAGGCCAUCCAGCAACAGAGUUCAUCAGAAACAGAGGAGGGGGGAAACGCUGCGGACGGCAGCAGCGAGGGCGAGGAGGGCGACUUUGUCGACGAGGAGGAUGACAAGGAGAAGCUGAAGGGGGACAAGACUGGAUCCAAACGGAAAAAGACGGCUGCAUCUAAGAAAUCCUCCAAAAUAUCCAGGAUCUCAUCUGGAGAGGACGACCUGGAGAAGGACGGGAAAGACGACGACCAGAAGAGCGGCUCGGAGGGAGGAGACCCCGACAAUGACAUCAUGCAAAAUACCACCGACAGUAAGAACCAGCUGCUCAUAGAAGAACAUUAAAUGAAGAAAGCAAGAGGGAGAUCAUUCUUUGUAGCUGUGACGUUGGAGAGGUGAAUCUACAAUAUGAUUUCUCAUCAGCACCAUCUACUGGCCGCCAUCGUCUCUCCACCACCUCUCUGUUGGACUUCCAGUGUGUUUGAAAAAUGCAUCCAUAACUGAUCCUGGUGUCACUCCCCCAUGCGGAUGCCAGGACGAGAAUCGGUGUUUAUGUCACACCAUUUUUCCGGACAAUGCAAAAAUGUCAAAGUCUCUUAACUACAAAAGAAUUAUUGGUAGAUUUGUAACCAUUUUUAUCUACUGACUCUUAAUGCGUGUUAGCUAAUCUUGGUAAGUAAAAGAAAAUACAGGAUGAUUGAAGGGGCAUUAAGAACUUGAAGACUUUUACUGGUAACCAUUAGGUGUUGUGAUAACAGUUUAUUUGAAGCCCAAUCAGACCAACAAGGUUUGAUUUGUAAGGUUUUCCCCAUUUAUGACCUGUGAGACAUUUAUUUUUGAAGCUAUUUAAAACCCUUUAAGGCGAUUAGGGUGGCCCAAAGUUACAUUAACUAUUUAACAUUUAAUCAUAGGCCUGUAUUUGACAUUUUAAAACUGUAAGAACAUCAGUAGUGUUUAUCCACAACUAGUGGUGAAAUGGAUCACAAAUCUCACGGUUUGGAACGGAGCACUGAUUUUUAUGUCACAGAUCGGAUCUUUUUUAUUUUUUUUGGAUCAGCCACACAUGGAAAUCUUUUGGUGAAUAACAGGUUUGCUGUAAUUUUACAAAACAUGUGAGCUUUGACUCAUAACAGUCUACAGUUUUUGGACCAAACACAGCGCCGUAGAGAGUUUGUUUUUCUAAAUUUAAAGACCACAGGGUGCAGGAUAACGUCUGAAGAUUCUAGAGUCUGUUGGGGCCCCAGGAAAAAAAUAAUUGGGGGCCCUACAACCCAUAUUUAUCACCAUAAUGUCUGUCGUUGUCCCGGCGCUUACUCCCCUUCCCCUUUUUUAAUGUUUCUUUUUUCUCUCAUAAAGACAAAUAAUUCCUCGUCAUUA